GCAGAUAAUACCAUGAAAUAGUCCUAAUAUAUAGUAUAGGAUUAUAAAUAUGGAAGAAGACACAUCUUUAACGUUGAAAGAUUACGCAUCAACAACUAGAAAUAGACAACGAAUACCGGAACAUGUACGAGCCAUCGGAGCUGAAACACGUAACUUAAAUGAACCGGUCAGAAGGCUUAUCAUUAAUAAAGUUGUACUGCGUAACUUUAAAAGCUAUGGAGGUACAACGGUAAUUGGUCCAUUCCAUAAACGUUUUACAUCGAUAGUCGGACCCAAUGGAUCGGGAAAAAGUAAUGUUAUCGAUGCUAUGUUGUUCGUUUUUGGAUUCAGAGCUAAACAAAUGCGUUUUGACAAGCUUUCAGAUCUCAUACACAACUCACAAGCUUACCUGACGCUUAGCAAAGGAAAACCACUACAAUCCAUGGAAGUAGCAGUACACUUCUGCGAAAUUAUAGAUAGUGAUCCAGAUGUAGAUGAAUACGAUAUAGUACCAGGAAGCGAAUUAGUCAUAUCUAGAGAAGUACAACGUGAUAAUACAUCAAAGUACAGAAUUAAUGGAAAGAACGCAACACAAAAAGAUGUAUCCAAUUCAUUGAAAAGUUUCGGAAUGGAUCUUUAUAAUAAUAGAUUUCUUAUACUGCAAGGAGAAGUCGAACAAAUCGCACAAAUGAAACCUAAAGCAACAAGACCUGAAGAAGAAGGCCUAUUAGAAUAUCUUGAAGAUAUAAUUGGAACGAACCAAUAUUUAGAUGCAAUACGCGAAGCUCAAAAAAACUACGAAGAAAUACAAGAUAACCAUCAAGAACGAUUUAAUCGAGCUAGAGUUGCACAAAAGGAAGUUGAUGACCUAAUGGAGUCCAAAAGAGAAGCUGAUGAAUAUAUUGCCAAAGAAAAGCGGCUAUUACAAGCACAAGAAGUUCUAGCGCAUAAGGAAAUUGAAUCCAUAGUGCAUAAACGUGAUGAAUAUUCAGAAAAGCUUGAUGAGUUGGAAAAAAGUUUCAGCAGUGCUAAUGCAGAAAUGGAAGCAUUGCAAGCAGCACGCGCAGAAGAUACAAAGAAUAUACAGAAAGUUGAUACCGAGUUGUCAUCGAUCAAAAAAAUACAAAAGAAAUUAAAUGAUAACUUGCAAAAAAUGGUAGCCAAAGAUGAGGAUCUGCGCAAACAGCUGUUAAGGGAAGUUAAAAAGGUUGAAGAAAAAACAAAAUCUAUUAAACAAGCUGGCACAAACAAACCGAAGUUAGAACAGGAGGCACUUGAUAACCUGUCUCGUGCAGAUAAACUGAUGGAUAAAGUGCCAGAGUUACAAGAACAACUGGAUAAAGCAGAACACGCAGUGGAAGAACUAAUGGAGCAAUUGAAACCUGAACUUGAAGCAGCAAAUGCAGAGCUUGCAAAAUGUGAAUCAUGUUUAGCACCAUUGCAGGUAGCAUAUGAUGAAGCUAAAAAGGAUAUCAGUAUACUCAACUCAUCAAUCAAGCUACUAGAAGAUAGGAAACUAGAAGAUGAAAGUAAUAUAAACUCAAUCAAUGAAAUGACUCAAAAAUUAAUUGAAUCAUUAAAAGAGCAUAAAACUGUACUUAAUAGAGAUGAAACUGAACUGGAAAAACACCGUGUCAUUUUCGAUGAUUACGGACAAAAGAUAAAUGAAAUCGAGCCUGUACUAAAAUCAAAAACGCAGUGGUGUACACAAAAACGUGGUGAAUAUGAAUCUCUGAAAAGGGACCUUGAUGAAAUGGUUGGAUCAAAUGAUCAAUACAAAUAUAUCAUGGGAUUAUCCGCUAGCGGCAAAAUUAGAGGUAUACACGGUAGACUUGGCGAUCUGGGAUCUAUAGCACCCGAAUAUGAAAAUGCAUUCAUGGCAGCUGCAGGAGGCCAAGUUGAUGUGUUAGUAGUAGACACACCAGAUGUUGCAUCGCAGGUGUUCGAUGAACUGCGAAAACGUAACCUCGGACGAUGCUCUGCAUUGGCCCUAAGUGUACUGAACAAUGAUCUUAGAAGGCAGAUGGAGGCGUUCGAUCGCAACUCUGCUGAUAGAUUAACUGAUGAUGUACAAUACCUAGUACAGUUGGUACAACCAUCACAACCCAUUUACCGCGUAUGCUUCUUUUCAGCUCUACGUGAAACGCUACUCGCACCUAAUCUUGAAGUCGCAACCAAGGUGGGUUAUAAACAUAGAAGGCGUGUAGUCACACUCGAAGGGGAGUUAAUUGAACCUGAUGGACGUAUGAGUGGAGGUGGUAUAAAGGCCAGGAAGGGAGGUGGCAUCAACACAAAGGGCCGUUCAUCGUCAGCAACUGGCAAGCCAACUAUUGACCCUGCGCAACUGGAACUCAUGUCUAAGGAAAUAGACACUGCUACUAAAGAAAUAUCACAAAUGAAGGAAGAUAUCUCGCAGUACACACUCAGACAAAAUAUGAUUGCUAAAACAAUAAAGGAGCUUGAAUAUAACAUCGAUCUUUUGAAGCAUACCGUGCAUAAUGAAGAAGUACAAUUAGAAGAAUUAUCGGGGCGAAUGAAACAGUUAGAAGAGAAUAAACAAACUGCUGAAAGUGAGAACCAAAUAUCAAAAAUGAAGGCAAAACUCAUGCAAAUGGAAACUAAUGCAGCUAUAACAGCUGAAAAGGUCAAAGAGCAUGAGAAAAUCGUAGCAAAUGCUUACGAAGCGGUUAAUAAUGUUGGUAAAGGAAAACUACGCGUGGCAAAAACACGGGUUGCCGAAAUCGAAAGUAAACUAUCAGAUACAAGACAAGAAGUAGAUAAAUUACGUAAAGAUGCAGCAAAGGGACAAGCGGAUGCAGCCAAGUGCACAAGAGAUAUUGAAAAAUACACCAAGGAAAUAGAACAACAUAAAGCACGAGAGAAGGACCUAGAAUCCCAAUUAAAUGACCUGGAAGAUGAAGCUGCAGCUGUCAGUAAUGAAAUGAAUAGCGUUACAGCUAAGGUAGACGAACUCCAAAAGCAAUUAGCCGAGAUUAACAAGGAACUAACUGCAAAAAAUAAACUCAUAGAAGAACACGAUCUCAUGUCCUUAGAGAUGCGCCACAAUAUAGAUGAUAUCAAGAAACAGAUCAAUUCAUUCCAACUUAAAUUAGGAGAACGAGAGAAGUAUUUGAAGGAUGUUGAGAAAUCGUUAAAAAGGACAAUAGCGUUAAUCAAAACUAGUGAAGAGGCGCAAGCAAUGGUAAAUGAAACCAUGAAAUUAACUGCACCAGUGAUGCCUAAAAUAAAAGACAAAAAGAAAUCAGAGAACUUCAAAUCAGUUGGCAAUGAUAAGGAAAGUGAUGAUAGUGAUGAGAAAGAAACUAAUGAUGUUAACACAAGUACAGAGGAAGAGGCCGACACCAAGAAACUUGAUAGUGGCACCUCUGGAAAAAACGAUACUACGCAAUUCGAAAAGUUAGAUAUAGAUCAACUACGUCAUCUUGUAGAAAAGGCCAAGAAGGAGCUUGGAAAUGUACCUAACCUAGGAGUCAUAGAUGACUUCAAAUUGAAGGCACAGGAAUAUAAUCGCAAACAGCAGGAACUAAAGGAUGUACAAGAGCGUCGUGAUGAGACAAAACGGACACUUGAUCAACUGUGUUUUAAAAGAAAAAGUGAAUUCAUGCACAAUUUCGCUAUAAUCGCAGCAAAACUAAAAGAAAUGUACCAAGCUAUUACACUAGGAGGUGAUGCGGAACUAGAACUUGUAGAUUCGACAGAUCCCUUCACAGAAGGUAUAUUGUUCUCAGUGAGACCGGCAAAGAAAAGCUGGAAACAAAUACAAAACCUUUCAGGUGGAGAAAAGACAUUAAGUUCACUGGCAUUGGUAUUCGCAUUGCAUCAUUAUAAACCUAACCCGGUGUACUUUAUGGACGAAAUUGAUGCAGCAUUGGAUUUCCGUAACGUUAGCAUUAUAGCACAGAACAUCAGAGAACGAACUAAGGACGCACAAUUCAUUAUCAUAUCGCUGCGCAGCCAAAUGUUCGAACUUUGUAACCAAAUGGUAGGAAUCUAUAAAACGGCGGACGUGACCAAAAGCGUUUGUAUAAAUCCAGCAGCAAUCGACAUGAGAAAACGUCAAUUAGACACUGAAAUGCUUCCUGGGGUCUAAUGUGUUAGUUACGUAUUGUGUAGCGCCAUAGUUAUGUCGUAUUGUUGUUUAUAUA